AUGGCAUCGAAAUUCCAGAACGAGCGUUCCUCGAACGAACGCUCACUGACCCCCGUCACAGGUGUACCACCAGCUAAAGAGCAACCACCACCAGAUCCGAAUAUGAACAAUCCACGUCUACUACUCAACCGCGCUUGUAUCUACGAGCGCCAGCUUCCCGGAGAUGCCUAUGUCACAGCGCAUGUCGAGCGUCUGCAGCACGGCUACUACUCCAACCCGGCAGUCUCCGAUCAAGAUUCUGCCCAUGUGGAUUUCCUGGCUAUUGCGUUUACCUUCCAUUCUCCAAAUACACUCUCACAUCGCUUCAAGUCUGCCAAGAUCCGGGUCUCAGUCCGUGGAACUCGCGAACACUCCAAUUCUCACCACCACCCCUACGGACAUCCGCCUGGAAACCCUCGGUUUCUUAUGCACGCACCUCAUCUAAUAUACGGAACUGUUUCCCCCGAGACUAUGGAGUGGACUUUCAGUCUGGCCGGAUCUCUUGGGGUCUCAGAAAUGCCCGUGAGUGCUAGCGUCAUUCCAUCGGGCAGUAUCAACAGUCGAUACCGGCGCUAUGAGAUGAUGCGUAUACAAGGCUCCGCUCGGACAUUGAAGAGCGAUCGAGGCCCCAGCUUCGAUAUAGAAACUGGUGAGAUUGUCUGGUCGCUGGAGGAAAAUGAUCUCCAGCGAUCCGGUCUCCCUCGCGAGUUUACCUUUGUCAUGCUGAUCCACAAGCCUGCUGCCGACAGCAGGGUCACUCUAUCUAUGGAUAUUGACCCGGUCAUCGCUGCGAAAAUGGGCAAAUUCCCAUCUGCGAUGUUGAAAUUGCCCGGAUUCCAACCUUUGCCGCGUCGGAGUAUUGAUUUCCGUCAAGAAAUUGGACAGCGAUUUGAGCCCUCUGGGCCACGUGGGUACAAUUUUGCAGAACUCGCAAGCAUGUUCGACGAGUAUAUCGCCAUGCCGGGAAGGAAAUUCAGUCGCCAGGGCGAUGGCCAACCCCAAUACCAGCCCCAACCUCAGCCUCACCCCCAGCCUCAACCGCCCGGGAUAAACAUUCCAAACAUGGAACACGACAACUCAAUGACACUCAACCUCCACCUCCACAUCGACAGCGCUACCGCCUCACAAUUCUCCCACCUCGCCCGGGCGAAGAGCCCAGUCCAAACCCGCGGGCCUGGUCUACGUCGCUCUCAGGCUCGCGAAUUUCCCCGCGACCAAGGACAGAGCCCUGACAUCAUGGGUGAAGCGAGCGAUCGUCCGCGGGGUGUCACUUUGGAAGAGAUUCGAGAACAGGAGGCAGAUGAGGAUGAACGGCGGCUUGCCAGAUUGCAACGUGCUGGAGGCUCGCUGAGGGAACCGGUCACAUCGGAUGGAGAAGGUGAAUCUCGCCACCCAGGUCGUUUUGACUAUGCUCGCGCGCGUAGGAGUAUCAUGAGCAUGGCCAAUUCGCCACUUUCUGGCUCGUUGUUGUCGGCUUUGAGUGAGGGGUAA